AUGGCGAACAUCUACUCACCCACCCAGGGGUUGAAUUCUGACCACCUGAACCCUGAGGAGGACAGGUACGAGGAGCUGAGAGGCCACGUUGAUAAAGACGCCCAGGAAUCCCGUUAUCCGAGACCACCAAGCCUGGGAAGCAAGGAGGAUUCGGGCCUGGGCUCUCUGACUGACAGGAAGACCCUCUCCAAAGAGUCCCUAAACCAUGCCCUCGUGCACUCGUGCCCAGAGAAGACAAAGGACACCCAGUUGGAUUGUCCAGAGGAGGCACUAUGGACAACUCGGGCCGAUGGGCGUGUUCGCCUACGCAUAGACCCCAGCUGCCCACAGCCUCCCUGCACCGUGCACCAGAUGUUCUACGAGGCCCUGGACAAGUAUGGCAGCCUCAGUGCCCUGGGUUUCAAACGCCAGGGCAAAUGGGAGCGCAUCUCCUACUUCCAAUACUACCUGUUCUCUCGAAGAGCCGCCAAGAGCUUCCUGAAGCGGGCCCACAGCGUGGCCAUCCUCAGCUUCAACUCUCCAGAGUGGUUCUACUCGGCUGUGGGCACAGUAUUUGCAGGCGGCAUCAUCACCGGUAUCUACACAACCAGCUCCCCCGAGGCCUGCCGGUUCAUCGCCCAUGACUGCCGGGCCAACAUCAUCAUGGUUGACACACAGAAACAGCUGGAGAAGAUCCUGAAGAUCUGGAAAUAUUUGCCCCAUCUGAAGGCAGUAGUGAUAUAUCAGGAACCUCUUCCGAAGAAGAUGACCAAUGUGUACACGAUGGAUGAAUUCAUGGAGCUGGGGAAUGAGGUGCCAGAGGAGACCCUGGACAACAUCAUCAGUGCCCAGCAGCCCAACCAGUGUUGCGCACUGGUCUACACGUCAGGCACUACCGGAAGUCCCAAGGGUGUGAUGCUGAGUCAAGACAAUAUCACAUGGACAGCACAGUACGGCAGCCAAGCUGGAGGUAUCCAACCAGCAGAAAUCCAGCAGGAGGUAGUAGUCAGCUACCUGCCCCUCAGUCACAUUGCUGCUCAGAUCUAUGACUUGUGGACAGGCAUCCAGUGGGGAGCUCAGGUCUGCUUUGCUGAACCUGAUGCCCUAAAGGGCAGUCUAGUGAACACACUACGGGAAGUGGAGCCCACAUCCCACAUGGGAGUCCCGCGGGUGUGGGAGAAGAUCAUGGAGAGAAUCCAGGAGGUGGCGGCCCAGUCUGGCUUCAUCAGGCGCAAGAUGUUGCUGUGGGCCAUGUCAGUGACCUUGGAGCAAAACCUCAGCUGCCCGGGCAGCGACCUGAAGCCCUUCACGACCAGAUUGGCAGAUUACCUGGUGCUAGCCAAGGUCCGCCAGGCACUGGGCUUUGCCAAGUGUCAGAAGAGCUUCUACGGAGCGGCGCCCAUGACUGCAGAGACACAGCGCUUCUUCCUGGGCCUCAACAUUCGCUUGUAUGCAGGCUAUGGGCUCAGUGAGACCUCAGGUCCCCACUUUGUGUCCAGUCCCUACAACUACCGGCUCUACAGCUCCGGCAAGGUGGUGCCAGGCUGCCGGGUGAAGCUGGUGAAUGAGGACACCGAGGGCACUGGAGAGAUCUGCCUGUGGGGCCGUACCAUCUUCAUGGGCUACCUGAACAUGGACGACAAGACGUGUGAGGCCAUCGAUGCCGACGGCUGGCUGCACACAGGUGAUGCCGGCCGCCUGGAUGCCGACGGCUUCCUCUACAUCACCGGGCGCCUCAAAGAAUUAAUCAUCACUGCCGGUGGGGAGAACGUCCCCCCUGUGCCCAUUGAAGAGGCUGUUAAGAUGGAGCUGCCCAUCAUCAGUAAUGCCAUGCUGAUUGGGGACCAGCAGAAGUUUCUGUCCAUGCUGCUCACCUUGAAGUGCACUUUGGACCCAGACACCUCUGAUCCAACAGACAGCCUGACCGAACAAGCUGUGGAGUUCUGCCAGAGGGUGGGCAGCAAAGCCACCACAGUGUCUGACAUCGUGGGGAAGAAGGAUGCAGCUGUGUAUCAGGCCAUUGAAGAGGGAAUCCAGAGGGUCAACCAGAAGGCAGCUGCCCGACCCUACCACAUCCAGAAGUGGGCCAUUCUCGAAAGGGAUUUCUCCAUUUCAGGUGGAGAAUUCAGUCCCACAAUGAAAUUGAAACGGCUCACAGUUCUGGAGAAGUACAAAGAUAUCAUUGGUUCCUUUUACCAAGAACAGAAAAAGUAA